CGCUAAAAUUUCACAGUUUUCGGUGAAAACGAGACGCGACAAGUGCCAAAUGUUAUAUUAUUGUGAAUAAUUUUUGGAUUAUUGUUGUUUUUCGAGGAAGUGCUCGUGCAAUGGGAGAAAAAGAUAGUGCUCAGAUAAUCGGAAUUCCUGAUGUGCUGUGUAGUAAAGCGGGGAUUGCUGCAUCUUGGCGAACAGGAAAUCAAUUGGGAGUUUUUCCACAUAAACAAAUCAACGCACACACCAAUGACAGGAAGAGUGAUUAUUAUCCCUGCGAAGCUCGAAUCCAUCUUCUUCGCCAGGAAGUCAUCCUGUUCCACCCCACCCUCAGGAAACUAGUGAACGAGAGCAAUGGAGUAUUCGUCUCGAUAAGAAACAUAAAGAAGACAAAAGCGAACGAAGCGAGACCGGAAUUAGUGAAGUACAGUAAACAUUAUCGAUCAAUCCUUCGAGCAUGUGUGGAGAGCCUCCAGGACACAGCUGCCAAGACGAUGUCAGACACGAAGGAUCUCCUGGAGAAUUUUCUGACAAUCUUCUACAAUGUCGAAUGCGUUUGGCAUUUAACCGAGAUAUUAUACAUCGAUACAAUUCCAGGGGAUGUCGUCCUUCCCCAGCUGAUGGAGUGGGUUCGUUUCCACUUUCCCUCCCGCGAGCUGACAGCCGCGAAGAUCCUCUCCAAGAAGACAAUCGGUGCUGAAUUGGAGUGUCAAAAUUACUGGGAAACAGUAUUCGCCUGUGCACUUCACGGUAAAUUGGACAUAGUACGUGCCCUCCUGCUGUACCACAGCUCAGCAGAUAAUCGAGGAUUCGUAGCAGCUGAAAAUAUCCUCCGGGCAAUACCCGUCUACAACGUCUACGGCGGCUACUCCAUAAACGAAUUUACGAUGCGCUGGAAGUACUGGCAGUUAGAUCUCACCUCCAACAUCGAGUGCAAGACAUUCGCGGUUGACGAUAAUUUAAAUAAACUGAUGAGACUCGUCGUGGGUGAUGAGAGCGUCCUCUGGGAGUUGAGUAAAUACACUGACGCCUGGUACGAGCUCUUGGCAGCUAAAUUAUUCUACUCAUCACCGUGUUGCAAGCAACCAGAAUUAGCUAGACACGCUAAUAACAUUGCGGAGAAGUGGCAAGCUAGGAGAAAUCUUGAUAAUAUUAUUCUCGCACUCAUGGAGAGCGAUCUUCACCAGGUGAUCAAGCAAAUACAGUAUAUGAAUGACAACGGAUGGUUUGCAGCUCAUCUCACUGAUCUUCUGUACAACAGCGAGAAGCUCAAUAUCAUUGACAAAGAUCAGUCAAAUGUCACUGAUAAACUUCACGAGUCUCUCAUUCUGGAUUAUGGCAGCACUCUGAUGGAGAACUCGUCGUUGUGGCAGUGUGGGGCCAGUUAUCUGGAGAAUUGUCCCACUCAGGGGCUAGCGAGACUGGAGACACUUCUCCAGAGCAUUCCUUUGGGUAAUGAGGCAAAGGUACUCAAGAUUAUUAAUGUGGCGCAGAGCAAUGGACUGGUGAAUGUCGUCACCAGUAUAUCGAAGAUCCAGGGAAUGAAGUCUAUCAGGCAGGGGAGACUGGGGAAUGCUCUCGCUUGGGCACUUAAGGCUCAGGAUGGACCUUUUGCAACGUACAUUGCUGAUCAAUUUCUCAAGGCUUAUGCUGCCAAUGGAGAGCUCGAGUGCAGGGAUCUACUGGAAAAUUUGGGGAGGUACAUGCUUACUAGUGACAGACUUACUUUUCUCGGGAAAUACUGCGAGUUUCAUCAGAUGUACGAGAUCGGAGAGUUCCAGGAAGCUGCGAGGCUACUCAUGUCACUAAUUAUCUCCAAUUUGACGCCUAAGUAUUUCUGGCCGAUUCUUCUGUCCGAUGCAAUACCUCUUCUGGAAUCCGAAGACGUAAUACUCUCCAGUGAAGAUACAUUCACGCUGAUGAGGUGUUUAGAGGAGCACGGAGAUGACCUGGAAUUUCAGGAUAAAGUGGAAAUAACAAGAUUGGCGGCUGCGAGGAACUUGUCCCGAGCCCUUAUCCUCGAGGAUUGCCAAAAUGAUUAAUAAAUUAUGUUUUUUUAUAUUCAUAAUGUGAUUGUAAAAUAAAA